UACGUCAAAACAUGCAAAGGUCCGCAACAACAGAGCGAAAAAAAAACGACGAAAACUCAAAAGAAAGCAACAAUUGCAUUAGUGACAAUGAAGGGCUGGAAGCAAUGAGCGAAAAGUCCCUGCACUGCUAGCGUUCGAUACGACCCAACAACUCCAGUCCAUUUAACCGCAAUCGCUCCAACCAAACCGCAUGGCUGUGUGCUGGAAAGUGUGCUGCAACGCGUGUCGUGCUACGAUUUAGCCCCAAUGGUGGCCGUGGUUCAUCGUGGACCUUGAAAAAAAGGUUUCGGAAGCUUGCCCUCGCCAGUGUAUUGAUUUUCCCCGACCAAACAAACAUGGUGACAGACUAGGUGGUUUUGUGGAGCUGUGAAAACAAGGGCCGCAUAGAAAGAAAUGCUGCUACCCAUGCUGGGGCAGCGUCCAGUGAGUUGUGCAAGUAGCAAGAGAAUGCUUGUGCGUUUUUUCCUGCCGUGUUUCGAGACAGCCAGCCAAAAGUGCAGCUGCACAGCUAGGGCCAGCUGCUGCUGAUGGGAGCGUUGCAUCAAAACAAAUGGUGUGAGACAGAAUGGUUAGGGAGCCAGCCCCGCUCCGGCCCUUACAAAGUCCGUGUCUGUGUGUGUCCGGUCCAGUGUGCGCUUGGCAGCAUCAAAUUGCAUAAUGCGAACGGCUUUGGGAAGGAUAAAUGUCCUCUGCUAGGCAGGGUUGGUAGUGGUGGUGUACUGGGGAGAGGAAGCGUGCGCGGGAAGGAAGCCCGUAGAAAGCGCAGCAACGCGUCCGGUGGAGAAUGCUAAAGGUCAACCGUCAGAGCUUCGCCUGUUAUGUUCUGCCCGUUGUCAUUGUUACAGUAAUAGUAUUAGCUGCAUCAUCGCUAGCGGCAGUCGAGGAAGUAUUGUAGUAUUUACCGCCGAUAAAGCAGCAGAAAGCAGUAGCGCAAUCAGUGGUAGCCGACGGACGUGGUGUUUUGUGCUUGUGCGUCAUCGCAGGCUGGGAAGUGGAAUAAGUCAUAAUAGCAUCCAGCUGAGAGAGCACAAAGUUGUCCGAAGUUUCGCCCCAUCCACUCCGGGAGGCGAGCGUUGCGCACCCGGUGCCCUUAAAGCGUGCUUUUGUGUCUAUUUACGCAGAAGAGUAUUAUCGUAAUCGGCCAAUGUGUUGAGUGUACGACCCGGAUAAAGUCCUGCACACACACACACGCACACACAAGAGGACACAACGUAGACCCGCCGAUGGCCAAUGCAGGUCAGCACAUAUUACUUCGAUCGGCUGUAGUGAAUUCCGUUACUGGAAAGGUGUCAUGUGCAGCUCCUGCUUAGCCUGGUCCGGUCGUUUUCAUCCGGAGUGGCAAUACUAGGCAAAGGAGGCUGUUGUGUAGAGCCGUGGCGAGUGGAACGUGAUUUCCCAUUUUACUUCUGCACACACGUUUCCAUAGGCACGAUCGAUUUUGAAGUGAAAGAAGCAACAACAACAACAUCAAUCGCCAUCCAGCAUGGGCGGCUCAGUUAGCCAAGUGUUUCGGUCCGGCAGCGCGCUGCUCUCGAACCGCGACGGCCACAAGGUGUCGGAAACGACGGUUGAAAAGGUGAACACAAUCUUCGACGCACUCAGGGCAAAUCCAAAGAUAUCGAUACAGCGGCUAGAGCCACUGUUGCUUCAAAUGCCGAAGUACGAAAAUAUCCUUGCGAUACACGACGAAACAGGAUACAAUUUGCUGCAGAAAAGCGUAGGACUAAACCAUGUAGAACUAGCUAGGUGGCUACUGCAAAGACAUCGCCCGGAUGUGAACCGGAGCUCGUGUUCCUUACCACUGCACAUAGCCUGUCUGAAGGGUUACGAAGAAUGUGUAGAGCUGCUGCUUAAACACGGUGCUAGAAUAGAUACCGAAGCAAGGAUGUGCUUUCCCGGUGCACACUCGCACAACUGCGAAGAGAGUGGGAAGUACAAAAAUCAAGGCGACGAUGUGAGGGUUUGCGAGCGACCGAACACGAAGCUGCAGAAUGCCGUCUGCUACGCGAUCGAUGGCGAUCAGAUCAACGUGCUGAACAUACUGGCUCAAAAGAUGGAGGAACCGUGGAUGCCGUUCCGGGUGCGGAAGCCGCUGCUGCACAUUGCCUGCGAGCGGGGCGCCUGGAAGUGUGUGCAGCAUCUCGUCCAGACGCGCUCGGACGAGAUCAAUCUGAUCAAGGACGAGUACUACCCGAUCCACCAGGCGGUGCUGCACGACGGGCGCUUUCUGGAGCUGCUGAUACAGCACGGUGCCAUCACGACGGUGCGCACCUGCACGCAGCAAAUGACGCUGCUGCAUGUUGUGAUCCUGGCAGCGAGAAAGUCGGCCGAAGACACACUCACCACAAUCCGUAUACUGUUGGAACGGGGCUGCAAGGAACUGAUCAAUAGUCCCGAUUCUUUGGGCAACACCCCACUGCACGCGAUCAUCGUCCGGUAUGCCCUAGAGGAGGCCAGAUAUGGCUACGACAAGUGGAACAAAUGGGAUGUGUUGCAUUUGGUGCGCUUUCUACUGCAGAACGGUGCUAAGAGCUCAAUCAAUCAAACAGGAAACAGUGCGCUUGCCUGCGUCUUUCGCCAUAUACGAGACUGGGAGGUUUGCUACGAGCUGCUGAACAUGCUCAUCAAAGAAGGAGGAGACCCCAAUAUUGUUGGUCGGGAUGGAUCCGUUCCUAUUAUGGUCUGUUUAGUGCCACUUAUCAACAAGGAUCCGCUGCACCAUUUCACACACUCAAUGAAGGUCUGCUAUUUGAACUGCAUUCGAAUACUGUUACAAAACGGCGCGAAUCCAAACUGCUCCUAUCGCUCCAACCUGACGCCGCUCCACGUGCUCAUCUUCACCGUCUCCGAGAACUUUACGCUCAACUGUGAUAUCCAGAAACGCGCCAACUUUGACUUUAUCAAAAACAUUCUCCUGCUGCUGCUGCAGUACGGGCUGGACUGCAACAUCACCUCCCAGCACAUCCUGCAGUCGGUGAUCGACAUGAUCGUGAACGUGCGCACCUGCCCGGACAUUCUGUGCGUGUACGAGCUGCUGCUGCUGCUGAUCCAGUACGGCAUCGAUCCGAACAUUUCGCUCAGCAACAAGCUGAUGGCGAACGGGGCGAGCAGCAGCAACUCUUCCAUCAUUUUCGUAAACGAUUUCAUCAACUUCGGCGGUAUACGUGGUGCCGCACCGGGUGGUGCGGUGGAUGCAACCGCAUCCGGCAGUGCCAGCAGUACCGGCGGCCCCAACAACGGUGGACCGGGUGGAGUGGUGGUGACGGGCGGUGCUGGAGGAGGAGGCGGUGGUGCUUCCUCAGCGGCAAACGGGAACGGCGGUGGACCGGGCGGGUCGGGCAGCGGCGGUCCCUCGAAUGGGAACGAAAACCUGCGCAGCUCGUUCCGCAACAAUGCGCGCAACUAUCUGCUGUUCUACUACAUUAUGCUGAUCACGCGCAAAGAGUUCAUUCUGCUCGACCGGGAGCAAACGUACCAGCGCAUCAUCUACCUGUUCUACUACUCGAUGAAGCACGAACCACUGUUCAACUGCCUGAAGACGCUGCACAAUCUGCUGAUCGCGCAGGUGCCGCACCGGUCGAUCGACAACCUGCGCCACCUAAUCAUUACGCUGUACAAGAAGCCGCGCAGCCUGAAGCAGCUGUGCCGCGUCUGCAUCUACAACAGCCUGGACAAGAAGCUGGCCCCGAACAUAGCGCGGCUGAAUCUGCCCGGUCCGUUGAAAGAGUACGUGAUGAACUUCGACAAGUAAAGCCGUAAGUUAAGAAGAAAAGAAAAAAAAAAACAACACGAGAGUUCACGCUUCCUCUCGAGAUCUCUUUCAUUAGGUGCUGCGAUAGCUAGUUGUUUGUUGUGUUGUGUAUCGUUAACGUGCCCGAAGAUAAAGCAAGUAGCAGCGAUCGUUUAGCUAUCAGACCGACGGUUUAACGAAGAUUCGCGUAUAGUGUACAGUAUGGUGUACUAUUUUUUCUCCAUUUUCAUUUCCCUUUUAGGAUACAGUCUAGAUAGUUUAGAUUAGUUUGGUAAAAUUUAAAAAAUCCCUUUCGUUAUUCUCCAUUAACUGUACGUUCUUUUUUCUCUGUCACUCUCUACAUUUUGGUUAAGACUUUUCAGCAUUCAAUUAGAUACACUCGAUAGUUAAAAGAAUAUAGCUAAGGAUCUCCAAAGCAAUCUUAUGCCACGAACAAAGACAUUUUUAGUUUAAGUCGUUUUUCAACCGUAGCUGACCGUAGAAUGAUCUGAAGAAGAAACAAAAACAAAAACACUCCCAAUCGAAUGUAGCUAUAAACGAAAGCGCCAGGAAACGCGUCCAUGAAGGAUGAUUGCGCGCCCCAAAGCCUAAUCGAUGUGUCCUAAACAGCCCGUAAACAAAAAAAAAAAUGAAAACAAUCGUACACGUAUAAAUAUUGUAAAGCUCACAGUGAGCUAGCAAAAAAAAAGAACAUGAAAAUAUGUAUGUGUGUUGUGUGUAUAAUGUAAAUAUGUUGUAGCGUUUACUAAGGAUCCACACUUUUAUAGGUAGUUGGUUAGAUAAACAAGUACAUGCGCUCGUGCAGCCGGAGUUGGAGGCGGAAAAUGGAGAGUGUGCUGGUGGUGGUGGUAGUGGUGUGCACAUGAAGCAACAUCGAUGCAGUAGAUAUGACUAACGAAAUUAUACGAUCAGGCACACAAACACAAACACACACACUGGCUUCCGGUUGCACGUCAGCAGAAGCAGUCGUCACGAACAAACGAACAAAUAUAUCAAACAAAAUAUAAGCAAGCGUGUGUACAAUGUGAAUGUAUGUGCGGCGGGGGCGGAACGAAGGGGGAGUUUCGCCGCUUGGAAAACACCGAAUUUCUUCAACACACUUCAGAUAGGACUGAAAAAUCAAUCAAACUUAAAACUGAGCAUACAUUGUAGAUGGCGCGGAACGGAAGAGAAAGGAAACACACUAAGGAAGAUGCGAAAGAAAGUAUUUUGUACGCUGUGUCGUGAACAAUUCGUUUGUAAGGAGCUGUCCAACCGAUGUGGCAUACAAAAUAUUCGACGGGUUUGCAUGCAAAUGUGAAAGUAAUAAAGAGUUUGGAAAAAUAAA